CCUUGGAUUGCAAUGUCCAGGUCAUACGAUGGACGAUGUACUACCGAGUGGGGCGGAACGGAGUAGUUACUACAAUCGCGGAGGUUCGGGCAUCUUCCGCGACAGGUGACAAACCAUGGGACAGCCGGACUCGGACUCGACAGAGGGAAGCCUUUCUAAAUACUGGACCGAUGACUUUUCUCUUUCAUGUGUACGUUUCUUUUUUUUUUCGUCCUUUUCCUUUCUCUUCGUCAGGUGGCCAAUUGCUCUUCGGUCGUGACACUAUCAAACAAACAUGGAUAAGUCUACAAGCAAUCAUCACGAACACGACAAUGGAUUUGAUCGAGAGACUUUUUCGCCGGCGGAACAUGCCCGCGAAAUUGAACGACGAGACCAGCAAAGCCAGGAAUAUAUGGUCAAUGAAUCAAUGUAUGACCGUUUCGCAUUCUUCCGAAUUCCUAUCGCUGUGAAGAGCACCCGAAAAUUAGUUAUGACUCUGGGUAUCUUUGCAGCCUUCAGCGGUAUGCUGAGCGGCCUAGACCAGUCGGUAAUAUCGGGUGCCCUGCCUGGCAUCCGGCGGCAAUUUGUCAAAUAUGGCGAAUGGGAAAGCUUGGACGAUCCAAAGAUGAAAAAUGAUCUUUCGCUCGUCUCAUCGCUGAUGCCCUUGGGAGCCAUGGCCGGUGCAUUGAUGAUGAUGCCGCUCAACUUCUACCUCGGCCGCCGCAACUCGAUCAUCGUUUCGUGUGUGUGGUAUACUAUAGGAGCCGGCCUCUGUGCUGGAGCUCGAACUAUAGGCAUGCUGUUUGCCGGCCGCUUCAUCCUCGGAAUUGGCGUCGGUAUUGAAGGUGGUUGUGUCGGUAUCUACAUUUCUGAAUGUGUUCCACCGGACCUUCGUGGCAACUUGGUAUCGAUCUACCAGCUGAUGAUCGCUUUCGGCGAGGUGGUGGGUUAUGCUGUGGGCGCCAUUUUCUUUAAUGUCCCCGGCAGCUGGCGGUUUAUGCUUGGUUCAUCCGUCGUAUUCUCGUCCAUUUUGUGGGCUGGAAUGUGCUUCCUGCCGGAGUCACCGCGUUGGCUCGUGUCCAAGGGCAAGAGCGGACGUGCUUGGGAAGUAUGGAAGUCGCUGCGCGACGUAUCCGACCCUAGGAGCCUGGAAGAGUUCAUCAUCAUGGAGGUCACGGUCCAGAAUGAGAUCGAACGUACCGCUGCUGUUGCAUGGUACCGGCGUUAUCUCGAGGUCUGUGUCUAUCCUCGCAACCGCCGCGCCCUCGUCUACGCUUCGGCGAUGAUUUUCUUCGGCCAGAUGACCGGUAUCAACGCAGUGAUGUACAACAUGUCCAACCUGAUGGCCAAAAUGAACUUUUCAGAACGCGAAUCCGUCCUCAUGUCGAUGGUUGGUGGCGGCGCAUUGUUCCUGGGAACAAUCCCAGCAGUGUUCACAAUGGACAGAUUCGGUCGGCGUGUUUGGGCACAGAACAUCGUCGUGUUCAUCAUCGGUUUAAUCCUGGUGGGCGUCGGUUAUUUGUACACCAACAAAAGCUAUGACUAUUUCUUGGACAAUAAGGCUACCGCUCUGGGCCUUUUCUUCUCCGGGAUCAUUCUAUACAUGGGCUUCUUCGGCGCAUACUCAUGCCUGACAUGGGUUGUUCCUGCAGAGAGUUUUGAUUUUAACACUCGCAGCCAAGGCAUGGCCAUCUGCUCGACUUUCCUCUAUCUCUGGUCAUUCAUCGUGACCUAUAACUUUGAUCGUAUGCAAUCGGCAAUGACUUAUACCGGCCUGACGAUUGGAUUCUUCGGUGGUUUGGCCGUCGUUGGUUUCUUCUACCAGUUGUUCUUCAUGCCCGAGACCAAGGAUAAGACCCUCGAAGAAAUCAAUGAGCUGUUCUUUAUGCCGACCAGGAAACUUGUUGCGUUAAACAUGCGCAACCUCGUCAAUGACUGGUCCUGGGUUUUUGGUGGAUCGCGCCCAACGCCUGAUACGAGUGAAGCAAAUAUCGGUUACGCUGCAGACGCGGAAAAACAAGAGAUCGAGAACACCCAGAAGGAAUAGCCAGGAGAUACUGCGUCAAUUCACAAACGCAGUCUGCGGCACCCUAGCCGAUAUGGAAACCUUUAUGACGGCAUAUGGCAUUCAAUUCCUUAUCAUUUCCAUUAACAUGGCAGGCUAGACUGUGGAGGCAGUACACAGGGCAGUGUGAGCGGCGUGGAUAAGACAAGUUAGUUUACUGGCAAGAUUCGGGAUCGGUCACUGAUAUUGAAACUGACAUUGCUCCUGUCGUAUUCUUUAACGUAGCAGAGCACAAUUAUUGUAUUGAACGGGCGACUGAUCCAAUUUUCCCGCUUUCCCCCUUCUAGUUAUCUCUUCAACGCGCCUUCUAUCCAUCAAAUUCAUCGAAAAUAUCCCUUUCGCAGGAGAAUAGAAUUUAGAUGGCAUUAUCUGCUCUCGCAAUGUCUCUCGUGUCGAUCACCGGAGCCACCGGUUUCAUCGGCUCCCAGGUCACCCUCCGAACCUUAGAGGCCGGCUUUGAUGCUCGUCUUUAUAAAGGUCCUUGGCCUUCGUAAGGUUUGCGAAUAGUGUGAGAGGCAGUAAUAAGGCUAGAUGGCUUGUUCUAAUAGUUAAAUUUAAGAAUAAGGAUAGAAUAGUAGAUUAAUACUAAAGGAU